CCGGUGUAGCGGUGCAGGUAGCGUUGGGGGCUUGGGGCAGUAGCCGGGUCAUGUCCCGCAGGCAGGCGGCCAAGGCGCGGCCUGGUGGCGGGGGCAAGAAGGCGGAGCUGGAGCGGAAGCGGGACGAGCGGGCGGCCCGCCGGGCGCUGGCCAAGGAGCGCAGGAACCGGGCGCCCCCGGAGGACGGCGGCGACGCGGCCCAGGAGUUCGUGAGCUUCGGCCACCAGCUGCAGGCGCUGGGCCUCAAGCUGCGCGAGGUGCCGGGCGACGGCAACUGUUUGUUCCGGGCCCUUGGUGACCAGCUUGAGGGGCACUCCAGAAACCACCUCAAAUACCGCCAGGAAACAGUGGAUUACAUGAUAAAGCAGAGGGAGGAUUUUGAACCUUUUGUUGAGGAUGAUGUUCCCUUUGAGAGACAUGUUGCCAAUUUGGCGAAGCCUGGUACAUUUGCUGGCAAUGAUGCUAUUGUGGCAUUUGCAAGGAACAAUCAAAUGAAUGUGGUUAUUCAUCAGCUCAAUGCCCCUCUGUGGCAGAUUCGAGGCACGGAUAAAAGCAACGCAAGGGAACUUCACAUCGCCUAUCGGUAUGGAGAGCACUACGAUAGCGUGCGGAGAAUAAAUGACAACUCUGAAGCUCCCGCACAUCUUCAAACAGAGAUGCUGUGUAAAAAUGAAUCUAAUAAGAGGGAGAAAAUCAAGCCACAGAAGGACGAAUCUGAAGAGGAGUUACAGGAUGAAGUGGAAGAUGCUGUACAAAAAGUCUGUAAUGCAACCGGGUGUUCGGAUGUUGAUUUAAUCAUUCAGAUUCUGGAAGUGAAGAACUACGAUAUUGAUUCUGCGAUAUUUGCUGUUCUUCAAGUGAACAAAGUGAAAAGAAUCUAUUCUGAAGAGGAAUAUGAGACCCAGGCCAAAAGUAAGAAGUCACAGAGCUCAGCCUUGUGGGAGGAGAAUGGAAGUGGCACCAGAAUCUUUGGAAAUCAGGGAUUGCAUCAGGAUGGAACAGAAAACAACAAGACACAGGCUAGUCCAGAUGAAGAGAAUCAAACCAACAAAAAACAUUUCCCAAAGGUAUCCAAUAAACAAAGGAAGGAGCAGCAGCGGCUAGAGAAGAAGAAGCGGCAAGAAGAAAGGCACCGGCAGAAAGUCCUGGUCAACAGGAGUAACAAUGCAGAUAACAACAGGAGCGAGACAGACUCGGAUACACAAGUCACCCUGGUGAAGACCCUUGCAGCUCUGAACAUAUGACUGAUGUAUUGUGUGUUCUUUGAUGGAAUAAGUGAAUGGCAAAUAAGACUGAUCAGGAAGGGCACUGAGCUUUCAGACAAAGCCAUCUUCAAAGCAGAUUCCCUAGCACCCCUCUAUUUUUAAACAACGUUUCUAUGGGGUUCUCUUAGCAUAUGCUAAGUUGUCUUUGGUUCUCCUGCUGUGGGAAGAACAACUCUUCAGUAACACUAAAGAACAUCAGCCAAGCUUGUGAGGGAUGGGCAAUCGAGGUUAAGUAAAGUGAAAAGAUUGACACUUGUUUUUACUAUUCUUGAGACAGAAUCUAGUCAACCUUGAUCCAUCACCCCACACACCUUGUGUGAAUUUUGCUUGGCGGUGUCACAAUAUUACUUAAGUUAACUCUGACUACAUUUUACUAAGCUCAAGCAUGGAAGAGCUCUUAUUUUAAAUUACUGUGCAGGAACAUUUUAACUGCUCCCGACUCAGGAACUCUUCUUUCUCUAUUUAAAUUCAAAUAGAUUAGGACAAAAUUCCCAAAUCCCUUUCAAAGCUAAUCAGCCAAAUGCUGCACCAGACAUGUUCGAUUCCUUUCCCUCCCCACUUGUAACUUGAUAGCAAGUUAUAGUCCAGAUAGAGCUGCUCUUGCUUUGGUGCACUAAGCCAUAUGCUAAAUGUUGCUAACUAUUAGAGGAGAUAGGGAUGGUUGGGUCUAUGCUUGUUUUUUGCACAGAGAGGGUGAACUCUUAAGUCUGUAGCUGCUCUGAUCUGCUGGCAACCGAGUUCCCCUUCUGACAAUGCUGCUCCAGUAAUAAUAGGGAGAUGCCAAUGUAUUCCUGAGGUUGCCGGGUGGAUUUCCCCAAUCUGGUGAGGUUUAAUAAGAUGAUCUUUUACCAUAAGCAGGUGUAAGAUUUCUAUUGUAUAGUAACAAAGAUGUGCUGGUGUUUCGGACCAUCCUCCACCUUGCUCCUGAGCAUUAAGGGCUAGAGUCCAAAAAGGGAACUUGACUGUCUUUAAUCUCCAAACUAAGUACCUGUAGCCAAUGGAUCAAAAAUCCUGGGAACGAGCUUCCAAGAAGCACUGGGAGACCUGCCUGCUUUAUUCCUCCUAAAUCAAGCUUUUCCUAGCUUAGAUUCUGCUUGGAUAAGGUCACCAAGCACCACACAGUAUAAUUGAUAACUAGAGUCUGAACCCUUUGCUGCUUUCCACAAAGAUUAGGAGCCUGGCCUAAACUAGGGCCAAAUUCCACAGUUCUUAACUUGAUGGUGUGAAGCAUUGGACAUCACUCAAGUGUUUGGACCUGCAUCAAGCUUUAAAAAGUGAAGGAUGGGGGGGGAACCCUUACUCAGAAUAAAGUCUAAGCAGAACAUUUGAGUGAGAUGAGCUUUGAAAAGUGAUCCUAGAUGUCUUAAUCAUCCUACAUUGGUACUAGAACAUAUGUAGACGUGAAACAUACAAAUGUCCUUUUGGCUUAAUUGUCAAAGUCUUCGUUAGUGGUUCUUGGUUUCCUCUUCCUGUAUAUCAGUAAAAUUUGAAGCACUAGAAGAAAUGGUGCUCUGUUUGGUAUGCUAGCAAUAUUAACGGUUGUAGGAGAAAAGUAAAACUGUGAACUCUGACCUUGGAGGAUUGUUUGUCCAUCCAGUUCUGGAUGCGGGGUAGGGAGAAAGUUGUUCUGAAAGAAAGUAUAGCUACUAGAUGAAGGUUGCUUCCAGCAUAAGCACAGAAGCUGCCUGACCCUGCAAAGUCCAACCUUGUUCUUAAAGAGAUUAAUUGGACUGGCUUUUUCACGUAGCGCUACCAGAUCUUUAGUGGGAGGGGAAGAUACUUAACUAUGGUAUCUGAAACUGACUAUGCAAUAGAAAAUGCUUUCAUCUGUGAGUGUAAAGGAAUUAAACAAGCUCUUAUUGCACUGGACUGAUUGUCUUGUUAAAGCACUCAACUUCACUCCAGCAAGCUGUGUCAAGAAAUCCAACCUGUAGUAGUUGAGGGUCCCAAACUCUCCUGCCCUCUGUGGUACAGACUCUCUGGUCUGGCUGAUGAAAAUUCUCCUGCCUUUAAGAUCUAGAACAUCUCUGGCAGAGGAUUUCCCUGUACUUUGUUCCUCCAGGAACUUGCUUUCGUGCCUGUUGGCUAAAUGAGAUGGCAGUUAUCCUCUAGGUGGCAGGCUGUGAAUAGCCUUCACAGGGAGAAGAUCAGCAGGAUAAUGAGCAGCGAAUGAGUUGGGUUCAUUCCCUUACAGCUUUUAUUGUCAAGCUCUUUGGUAUGGAGCCAACUGCUACAUGGUAUUGGGUGUCAGGUCAGCGAUUUUCCCCUUGCCAUCAUACAUUAGCGUCAGUUCCCACCCCCGUAGCAGAGACCAUCUCCAUCCAAGAAGCCUGCGAUUUGAGAAUCCUCUGGUUUUAUCAAGGUGGCUACUUUGUACAAAACUCAUUGGGUUUAAUGCUAGAUGGGGACUUAAAUAGCUCAGGAUAGGCAGUGGUAUAUGGAGACUUCCAACUCUAGAUCUCUCUGGAUGCAGAUACAGCUUUACCAAUGGUGGUUGUUUAGUGGCCGAGGUGAAAUGAAUAAGUUUCAGUCCGGCUAGAAAGAUACUAUCAUCAUGGGCACUUGGAGGCCUGGGACUGAAUGAAUAUUGGUUACCUCUGGAGUCUGAGAGGUGCUCCUUCAAGAGCCGUUUAGCAAACAUUGUCCGAAGAUUUUACUAUUGCUGCUUGUGAUAUACCUAUUUGGAUAGAAGGUUAGCUCAGCAGGUGCAAACUUGCAUAGCUCCACUGACUUUGAUGGCGUUAAAUUGGUAAUGUAAACCAAGCCUAUGUCUGUAUAACUGUUGCUAGUUAUACUGACCUACUCCUCACAGUAGACCAUGCUAUGGGCUUCUCCCAUCAACAUAGCUACCGCCUCUCAGAGAGGUGGAGUACCUCUGCUGACAGGAGAGCUUCCCCAUCGGUAUAGGUAGCAUCUUCAUUAUGCGCUACAGCACUGUAAGUGUAGACAAGCAAUUCUUGCCAAACUAUGCAGGUUGAGCAUGUGGUCAGUUGUUCCUUAAUGCUACCAAUCCAAUACCUUCCUCCAGUAAAUGUAAAGAGAACACACCCCCAUAGCAGUUAAAUUACAUUGAAAGUAAUAAACUCUUGGCUGGAGGUUGCACACGGUAACGAAAGCAGGCUUGGGUUUGAGUGUAAGUGCCAGGGAGGCUUCCCCUAUCGUUGGCUGUGCACUAAUUCUCGUUCCUUUCUGGUGAUAGCUUAACCCUCCUUGGGGAGCGGUCAAUCCAUCUGUUGACUUACCAGUGGUUUUACCUCAUCUGCAGUGCCUGAAUAUUAGAAAAGUCACAUGACCUGGAGUAUUUGCAUCCAUAGUAACGCUCCAGAUGUUCCUAAUUUCCCUUGGAUUCUGUUGAAACUGAGUAGGGAAUCUUCUCUUCCUUCCUACUUCAGAGCAUUCUGUGGGGCUCCUGCCCCGGUCAAACCAAAUGUCGGUCUCUUUUAAUUGAAUACUUAGUGCAAUAGACGCUGCAAAGAUGUGCCAUGAACUAUGAGAAUGAAUUUUUGUAUAUUGCUCAAGUACAGAUUAAAGGCAAAAUUUUCAGAUUUACUAAAA